GUGUUGGUAGGUAGAGAUUUUUGCUUUUGCAUUUGCAUUUGCGCCUCCAUUUCCAUCAACGAAGAAGAAGACCACAACGAAGCCAUCAAAGCCAUAUAUAUGAUGGCUUAAACUCACCUACCCCCAAAAUUUGCCACCAACUCCCCAAUUUCUCUCCUCCUUUAAACCUUUCUCAAUCCCUCCUCUUUCGAAUCCUGAUCAUGGCGUCUUCUCUCACUUCCAAAUCCAUUCUCGGAUCCACCAAACCCGGUUCUUCUUCUCUUCCCUCGGAGCUCCGUCGUCUCUCUUCUCCCGCCGUUCAGAUCUCAAUCCGUUCCCAACCCAGGAAGAACUUCCAGAUACAAGCUACUGGAAGCUCAUAUGGGACUCAUUUUAGAGUUUCCACGUUUGGAGAAUCACAUGGAGGAGGAGUUGGUUGUAUCAUUGAUGGAUGUCCUCCUCGAAUUCCUCUCUCUGAAUCUGAUUUGCAAUUUGAUCUUGAUAGGAGGAGACCUGGUCAGAGCAGGAUCACCACUCCUAGAAAAGAAACUGAUACCUGCAGGAUAUCUUCUGGAGUCUCCGAAGGUCUAGUUUAG